CGCAUCCUGACACACACACCACACACACAGAUUGAUUGGAGGUUGGAUCUUGCUAAUUGUGAGUCCAACAGGACCCGAGCACCAAAAGUCAGUGAAACACUAAUAGGCUCUGCGCUCCUCUUUUGCAGGGAUUAGAUUCAAUAAGCUCCUGGACAGGACGGAUGUCCCGACGACCGCCUGCACUGAACUCGGAUCCUGUAAACUGAGGAGAAGAUUUUAGUGCUUUUCGCCUUUUUUGGAGACGAAUCGGGGCGAGCGGGUGGUCGGGUGAUCCGGUAUUGCUGCUGCUGGUGCUGCUGGUGCUGCUGGUGCCAUGAAGCUGCCGGACUGGAUGGCUGUGGCGCUGCUGCUCGCGCACUCUGUGUCGACACAGCGUCACUCAUCACAGCUAGUGGAUCAGGAGAGCUCUGGAGAUGACCUCUAUGAUGAUGAGGACUAUUUCUCUGGUUCAGGCUCAGGCUACCCAGUGAUGGAGACAGAGGCCACUGAACUGGGCACAUUUUUCACCACAAGAGUGCCCCUCCCACUUUCAACCACACAAGCCACUGUACCUGCCCCUUCGGCCCCACCCGCUGCAGAGCCCAGUAGCCCCCCGGUGCCAGAAAUAGAAAGGGAGAGUGGCAUGGAUAGUGAAAGGGAACUGGCGCAGGAGAUAGAGAAAAACAGAGAGCAGCAGAUUGAGCAUGAGCAGGAAAUGAAGAGAGUGCGGGAAAGAGAGCGAGAGCAAGAGAGAGAAAGAGAGCGAGAAAGGGAAAGAGAGAGAGAACGAGAGAGGGAAAGAGAGCGAGAGCGGGAAAGGGAGCGAGAGAGGGAGAGAGAAAGGGAGAGGGAGAGAGAACGUGAACGUGAAAGAGAACGUGAAAGAGAGAGAGAGAGGGCAAGAAGUACAAUUGCACCAUUUGUACCAAUAAUGACCACAGACAUGAUUGUGGAUGAGAUCCUCAUUCCCACUCAGAAUAUGGAGAACCUUGGCACAAAAGAAGAAGAGGAUGGUAUGUUAAUUCCCAUGGAACCCUACCUCUUCGAAUCACUCAGCACAGAGGACCCCAUCAUAGAUGAUAUCACAACCACGGAAGCGGCUCCCACUACUAUUGCUUCUACUACAGCUAUGCCAACCACGACAUCGGCCACACCCAGCACUGCCCCUCCGCGAUCACAAAAACCUCACCCGAUACCCAGUAUCACUCCUCCACGACCACGGAAACCCCAAGCCACUCCCAGCCUAGCCACACCCACUGAAAGUACACACCCACUGACAGCCUCUACAGUGCAGACAAAAGCUCCAGAUGCAGACAUAAAUAAUGAAGUUGCAGUUGCUGGUCCCAGUGGGGAUUCUGAGAUCCAAGAGGAUGAAGGGCGACGAGGAAAUGAACUGGGACAUGGCAAAGGUGCCUUGGAUGUGGGGGCAGAACCUGAUUUGACUGGCAACACAAUAGAUACAGGAAGUUCAGCUGCACAGCUUCCUCAGAAAAACAUCUUGGAAAGGAAAGAAGUUUUGAUAGCGGUGAUUGUUGGAGGUGUAGUUGGCGCACUCUUCGCUGCAUUCCUGGUCAUGCUACUUGUAUAUCGGAUGAAAAAGAAGGAUGAAGGCAGCUACACUCUGGAAGAACCCAAACAAGCCACAGUCACUUAUCAGAAACCAGACAAGCAGGAGGAAUUCUACGCCUAAAAUCCACAGUCUUUUGCAUCCCUCCAUCCUUCUCGCCUCUUCUUCCUCUGACCCUCUUUUCUUUGUCAUUUCUAUCUCUUUUUUUUCCUGACUCCCUCCUUUUUCCAUGAGAGUGCCUGUCACUCUACGGACUUAGGACUUUCUUUUGAAUGGGAAAAAAAAGAUAAUAAAAAAAAGAAAAAAAAAGGCUUUGGACAGAAUUUUGGAGAUCUGCUAGGGAGGGAUAGGGACUCCAUACAUACAAAAAAAAAAGAAAAAAACUUUUUUUAAGUACACGUUGCUAUUGAUAUGUUUAAGAUUGUUGUUCUAUCAAAUUAUGACAUAAAACCUUUUGUAAAGACACAUGUUCUAUAAAUGCACAAUAUUCCUCUCCAGCUGAGCAUGGAAGUCAAGAAGUAUGACAGAGGGAGUGAGGAAGGCAAAAAGGACAGAGGUCAUGGUGAGACAGAGAGGGUCAAGGGAAAGAAACAAAAAGAUAAGACAGAAAGACAGACAAGUGGAGAAGGAAUUUUGAGGCCGUGCUAUUCUACAAAGGUCAUGCCUCUCUCACAAGGGUCGUGUUGUGCCUUCCAUUCCCCUGGUGCUAGAAGCUGAGCAUGACCAUAGAAAGGUGUGGUGUGUGUGUGUGUGUGUGUAUGUGUGUGUGUGAGAGAGAGAGAGAGAGAGAGAGAGAGAGAGGCUGAGGUGCCAUGAAGUUGCUUCCAUCUCUGACCUUAGUAAGCCCAAUCACAUAGACAGACAGACACACACACACACACACACAAGCACGUGGUGUAACUCCCUCUGCUGGUGAGUGUAUGUCAGCAAGGCUGUUCUCAAUGGCUCGAGAACUGUAUCUUUGAGCCUAAAAGCAGAAAAAAUAUUAUUAGCACAGCACACAAACAUUAAGGAAAGAUUUGCUGUGAUGGUGCGCAUGCAAAGAAACAGGAUUAGCAAUUUCUCCGUUCUGUACAAAGACAAUUAGUUAUCAAUAGUAAAAAAUAAUCGGUAAUAUAUCAGCAGUUCUGAAUGGAUGGUAAGAAAUGAUUAAUAUUAAUAGUUAAGGAUCUCUAUUUAGCUGUGCAGUAAAAGUUUUACUGGUGUAAAUAUCAACUCUUUUUUUAAAUUUCAGUUUAUCAUGCUUUUAAUUAUGCCUUUUACAUAGUAAACAUCUGUGUGCGCACAUACAUACGUAUAUCACUUUGGAAAAAUAUCAGUCCCAUAAAAAAAAAAAAAUCAACAAACUAAGUAGAGAUUUUAUUUAACAUAACAGACCCUCUUGUCCAUUACUUCAGUUAAAAAACAAAAAACAAAAAAAAUUGCUCAUGUUUUCAGUAUUUUAUUGAUGUUUGAUCAGGUAAAAAGCACAAGGUCACAAGAAUGUGUCUCACUUCCUCAAUGCCACUUCACUCCACAAAAUGCCACAUUCACAUACAAUACUAUACCAUUAGAUGUCCAGUGGUCCUGUCCUAUGAAUGAUGUAAGAGUUAGAAGGCAUGGACUGUAGCAUUGGGAUAACAGGGACGUCAGGAAAUGAAUAUGUGUUUUGGUUAGAUUUAAAUCUAAUAGGCAAAAGGAUUAAUGGUUCAGGUGGAUGAGAAAAUUCAUCUUAAAGCUAGAUGGUCUUUCGAUUUCAUAAAAUCAGUGAAAUUUGGUUCCCUCUGAAAUUUGGUCAUUGAGAUAUAUGUUUAUUUCUGUAAUAUCUCACAAAAUAUCAGGCCAUUCUGUGGCUGGGAAGUUAUUUAAUUUGAGGGGAUUCUUCAGCAAAUAAUUUGCAUGAAAUCGCCCACUUUGCUCAGUCAAGCAGACAGAGGAAGUCUGUCCCUGUGUCUGAAAUCACUCCCUACUCACUAUAUAGGACACUAUCUAGUGAGGACACCAUUUUGUAGUGCUGUCCGAAACGACAGUGAGGAUUAUUACUCCCUAUAUAGUGCACUCAAAGUAUCCCACAAUGCAUCAUGAAAAGUAGUGUACAACUGAUGGUCACUAACCAAAGCAAUAUGUCCCAUCAUGCAUUGCGGUCACGCUGAAAGAAAUCAAAUUAAAAGUCUCAAAUUUGAUUUAAUAAAAGGCAGCGGCAAAGAAGAAAGUAUUCAGCCUUGAUUUAAAAGAACUGGAUGCAGGUACUUUGUAUUGAUUAAUGUGGGAAAUAUGCUCAGUAUAAUAUGUAUUUAUCACAAAAAUACACACAUGUAUUUAUUAUUUUGAAAAUCCACCAGCCGCCUGAUCUGGCACGUUUUAACUGUGGGACGAACUAAAAACGUUUUUUUCAUUUUACCAAUGAGCUCACUAUAUAGUCCUCUGUAUAGUAAUUCCCUAUAUAGUGAGUAAGGAGUAAUGAAUGAGUGAGUGAUUUCGGACACAGGGCGUGCGCAUGUGCAGGUUCACCUUCUUCUUUUGGGUUUUAUGGCAGCUGGCAUCCACAGUGUUGCAUUACUGCCAUCUACAGUUACAUUAUUCUGUCACUAAAUGAAUAGCUAAUCACAUCGAGGUGCUCGCUGACCGCCGAUAUUUAUUAGUUUGGUCCUGCGUUUCCUUUCCUUUGCAACAUAACGCCUUUUCUUCUCACUUUCCGUUAGUGUAGUUGGUUUUUCACAUUUCAUUCGCACACUCAAGUCCUCCAUUUUUCUCUCCUGUUUCAAAUUUGUAUCCCACAAUGCCUUGCGCGAACGGGGAAAGCCCACCACGUGAUGCAUGAUGUAGUAUUUUGAAUUGGGUCAUGGUGAAGUAGGAAAAAAUAGUGAAUUUAGGGCCACGUGGCCCUAAAUUCAUUAAUUGUUCUAUUUAAAAAAAACUAAUAAAAUGGAAGUCUGUGAUUCGAAUUUAGUAGUUUUCGGUCCACUAAACAAAAAUAAUUGGGUGUCAGGGAAAAUUCUUUUUAUGACCUACACUUGAAAAAUCUGAAAUGCAGUCUACCUAUUUUGUUGGGGAAAAAAAAAAACCCAAAAAACCCAGGACCUAUUUUGAGAUUCCAGAGAAGGUCGUAAGAGUUUGUCAGGUUGUUUUUGAAUAUGUUGCAACAUUGUGUCAAAGUGCUGUACGCUGAGGUCAAUAAAAGAAAAUGGCUGCGCAGUUAGAGUUAGAUAAAAGUGCAUGAUGUAGCAAUAAUGCAGCUAUUAACAUUGACACACCAAUAAUGCUGUCACCCUCCAGUGCUGCUGAGGGAGAAUGUACACACACACACACACACACACACACACACACACACACACACACACACACACACACACACACUGAUGCAGAUUUCCACUGCCUGGCCUUACUGUAACCCUAACAAGCCCUGUAGUCACCUCUAUGUGGCGUUACAUGUUUAUCACAUAACAUAUGUGUUACAGUGAUGGGUAACAUGAGCGAGACCAUAGCACAACAUUAGAGCACCGAGUGGUGCGUAAAUAUAUCCCUCACUGCCCACUGUAGCAAAUCACUGGUCGGUCACCUAACGAAUAUCACUAUGAAGGGACAUGAACGGGACAGGGCUAUGACUCUAAUACCCUGCACUGCACUGAACCACAUUCUUAACACAACCGACCCAUUUUAUAUGUACGCCACAGUACUAUAGAGCAGUAAUACUUCAGAGUUCUAUCAAUAGAGCAUCCAAGGACACAAAUCAUGGAGUGCUUGUGAGCUCAUUUAAAGCAGGGGCGUCAGACACCACAACAAGGUUCAGCAUUAUUACAUACUUAGUUCAUCAUUUAAUCAUCAGUGGCUUCAUUAGUUACAUUUGGUGUACUAGAAGAGAGAAAACACAUAUAGCUGUCACACCCUGGAUUAGAGUCUGCCCCCCUGAUUUAAAGCCUGUGGGAAAAAAUCUUGGGUGCCAAUGUAAGCAUGUGUGGUGGAUGUAUAUCCCUCUAAGAUUGUAAUACACAUCAGUGCACCUGUAGCUUGAAUAUUCUUAAGAUUAUAAUCUAAUCUGUAUGAUCAUGUCAUGCCUGUGUGUGCAUGUAUGUGCCCAUGUGCUGACUGAAAUGUAUCUGCCCGAUGUUUUUACCUCUUCAACAUUUAUUCCAUCAUGAUGGAUUUUUUUUUUCAUGGAGUAGGAUUUAUUCAUUUAGCAGAAUAAUUUAAACUGGAAGGCAAGACACUCCAAUAUAAAUAUUUUUUAUGUUUUUUGGAUAAAAUGAUUGCACUAACUGAUUUCUCACUUCAUAAAAUAACCUACCAAACACCUCCUACCACUGUCAUUAGUAAAACUAAUGACACACACAUACACACAAGACAAAGUGUGCUUUAUAACUAGGUUCUUGAGAAAGUCCUUAUGACCACGUAGACAUCUGCACCUUCUGUGACCUCGUGCACUAACAAUAUUGUUACACAAUCUCAGAAAUCAAUCAUAAAUAGUAAUGUUUGCCUUCACAAUUAACAUGUUUAUUAGUUCAGUUUAUAGAAAUACUCAACCUACAUUUGAUCAUAUUUCAGGGAUCAAGAUGUUUUUGAUUGUUCACAUUUUUAAACAUAUAUAGCUAUUUCCAGGAUGGCUACAAGCUUACAAUGGUAUACAAGGAUUAAAAAAAGACAUGCACUCACUUUCACUGAAUUAUAUAUAUAUUGUACAUGCCAACACAACAGAAAUGCCCACCCACAUGCCUCCCAACACCAACACACACACCUAUUCACUUGGGAAUGUCUGGUGGUCAUUGUGUGAUUAGCCUGAAUGGAUUUAUCUCAGUGGAAUUUUGUUUGGCUGAUUGCCAUUAUCCCCACCAUUUACUUUAACCUGUCACUUUCUACCCAUGGCCAAAUACAAGGCGGGCCUUCCUGUGUUUGUGUGCCAAUCACUGGCCAGCAUGGUUUUGAUCUGAAGGUUGCCCAUUGUGUUUUAUACGUGCGCAUUUUUAAGAGCAGAGGUUUUUAUUUCUCCUCAUUUGGUUUGUGUAUAUGGGGGCAACAUUCUGUCACUAAUAUGCCACUCUGUUCAAAAUAAAACACCUGAUUGGGUA